AUCAAUUAUCCGGAUGAAAAUGGCUUAACUCUUAUGCAUCUUGCAGCUAUCCAUGAUCAAGGUGACGUUAUCAACUGCUUAAUGAGAUAUGGAGCAGUCAUUGAUAUCAGCAAUGGGAAUACCGAUGAAACACCACUGCAUUUAGCUGCAAAGCAUAAUGCAUGUGCUGCAAUCAAAGCUCUAGUCCAAAAUGGUUCCAUCAUUGAUGUUGUCGAUCAUAAUUCAAGAACACCUUUGCAUUAUGCCUGCAACCACGGCUGCAAUGAAGCUGUUGAGUCUGAGCUAUUAACACCGUUGCAUUUGGCGGCAUUGAGUGGAUAUUAUGAAGUUUCUGAAGUUUUAAUCAAUAAUGGAGCCAAGGUCAAUACUCCUGAUUCGAAAAAUAGAACAUGUUUACAUUAUGCUGCUCUUAGUAAUAAUGUAGAACUGAUGAAUCUAUUAAUAAGCAACUCGUUCGUUUUCUUUUCUAGGGAUAAUUCCGGUUGGACUCCGUUGCAUUAUGCUGCACAGAAUGGCUUUGAGACCUGUAUCAAAUUUUUAAUAUCUGAUGAAGCCACAGUCGAU